GAGAUGAAAAAUUUGGGUCUAUUGGGGUUAUCGAAAAGACAAUCAGCCACCGAGCCUGAUUUCCGCGACGAGUUUAAAUCAGACUUACGAAGCAUAUUGGAUAAAUUUUUGGAAAAGUUUGGGACGACAUAUGAUCCAGAAAAAGUAGAGCUGUUYUUGACCAACAUGGCCGACGAAGUGUUUGAAAACCACGGUGUAGUUUCAUUAGACCACAUCCGAUACUUGAUCGAGACUGGUUACUUCCAACCUGAAAUGCGAGAAGAAGACGAUGUAAAACCAGCCGAUGGAGAUUCAUCACCGGAAGACUAUAUAGCCAAACGAUACAUUGCCUCGCUAGCCCGGAAUGAUGACAUGCCAUAUUGGUACAACAGCCCGAGAUACGUCGCCAAGCGGUACAUUUCUUCAUUGCUGAGACAAGGUAAACUUCCUUACGGAUUCCAACCCACCACGGAAUCGUCGACGAAAAACCAAAACUGGAACUUACAAAAUGGCCAAAAACCCAAGAGAAGCGACGCGACGAUUCAAAAUAGUGAAGAGUUUAUACCCGUGAUGCAAGGUAGCAAAAGCUUGCAGAGCAUUAUCGACGACUUGACACAAGAACCUAUGCAGAAAAGAUAUUUGG